AUGGCCCAGCAGAAUGCUCAGCGUCAAUUCCGUGGAGUCAAGAGCAUGCGGGAACUUGCGGAAGCCCCAGCGGUGACGGCCUUCCGGGCCAGAUUCGAAGCCGGUCGCUCCUUUGAUCUUGAUGAUGACUUGGAGUUCUGCCCCAACCUCCUGACCGAUGAAGAUCUCCGUAUUGACAAGAACUUGCAGCUGCACUCCAUUCACUCUGCUUCGUCCGAUCGCUCCUCGCUCUCCAGCGGGUCGCCCGACACCUCGCCUCUACAGCACCAGAUCCAGCCAGUGCAGCAGGUCGCCCCGGCGAUCUCCCUUUCUCCCGCCUCGACCAACUCCUUUGUCCACGCCAAUGUCGCUGCGAACUCCAAUCAAGUCAACUUCCAUCAGCCUGCUGCCAACCGGACCCGCAAGGUCAUUCCCAUCAUCAACCCUACCACUGGAAUGACCAUGACUAGCCCUCCUUCGUCGAUUUCACCGGCGAUGAUGCAGGCUGCUCAGCGUCGAUGGUAA